CUCUUUGAAAUACGAAAAAGAGCAGAAGAUAAUUUCAUCGUCAUUGUUAAAUGUAUGCUUAGACACAUGGAGUUCAAGGCAGUGUGUGUAUUUAAACUUGCUACCCAUGUAGCAGAUUCAUUGCCAAGGGAAUAAUGGUAUGACGAUUGGAUGUCAUCCUUCCAUACAAACACACUCAAACAGCAUCGAUUUGAAGCCUGGAAGGCAGUGGGUGCAGGGUGCAGUAGCAAUUGAUACACACAAUAGAGUAGAUUCAUUGCGCAGAUUCAACAUCAUCCUUACAUUCCUCAGCUUUAAUAUGAUAAAGUUCUUUUAGCAUAUUCUCCCCUGGUCUGCCUAGUGAAGCUGAUGGCUGGAAAAUCAGGGUCGACGCCGACGACAUAUUCACCGUCUCCAGCAACACGCAAGAAGAAGAGAAUCCCCAUUGCUGAUGCUGAUUGGGUUCGUCCUGAUAAUCGUGGCUUCUAUCAGUGCCGUCCUGCUUAUCUGAAGACUGGUGCUGUGAGUACAGCUGCAGGAUCAGCAUAUGCAGAGUUUGGGAACACCAAGGUAAUCGUAUCUGUGUUCGGACCAAGGGAAAGUAAAAAGGCAAUGAUGUACAGUGAUACAGGACGCUUAAAUUGUAAUGUUAGUUACACAAGUUUUGCCACCCCUAAUCGUGGGCAGGGAUCAGACAACAAGGAACUUUCCUCAAUGUUACACAAAGCUUUAGAGGGUGUUAUAAUUCUGGAAUCCUUCCCAAAGACUUGUGUGGAUGUUUUUGCUUUGGUAUUGGAAUCUGGUGGAAGUGAUCUCCCCGUGGUCAUAUCAUGUGCUAGUCUAGCUUUAGCAGAUGCAGGGAUUUUGCUGUACGACUUGGUUGCCUCAGUUUCUGUAUCUUGUAUUGGAAAGAACUUUGUCAUUGAUCCCAUUUCCGAGGAAGAAAGCUACCAAGAUGGAAGCUUAAUGAUAACUUGUAUGCCUUCGCGUAAUGAGGUCACUCAACUGAUUGUAUCUGGAGGAUGGUCAACACCAAAGAUUAACGAGGCAAUGGAGCUAUGUCUUGGUGCUUGCUCCAAACUUGGAGAGGUUAUGAGAUCAUGUUUAAAAGAUGUUGUCACUGAUUCAAAAGAAUAGAGCAUUCUACUUUAUGCCUUCGCGUAAUGAAGUCUCUACGCCUGUUUUUGUCAUCUCAAAAAGUGGAAGUUCUUUAGGUGUCAUACAUCCUUGUAGAAAAAAAAACUGCAACAGUCAGCCCAAUCAAGUUGUGAACUGCUUGUAGUAUAUAUGUGCUAGUUUGUGAAACUUGCAAGUUGUAUGGCAUGAAACAUGCAAAUGUUAAAUUAAAACUCAUAUGUGAAUCAAAACAAGAAACCAUUUUUGAACA